AUGUCGCGCAGGGAUGAAAUAGCGUCACGAUUAAAACACUUUAAUGGUGGUGACCAAUAUGAUGUAAUUGACAUUGUUGGUGAAGGUGCCUAUGGUGUUGUAUGUUCUGCAGUCCAUAAGCCUACAGGUCAAAUGGUAGCUAUUAAGCGUAUUUUACCCUUUGAUCAUGCUAUGUUUUGUCUUCGGACAUUACGUGAAAUCAAGUUACUCAAGUACUUUAAUCAUGAAAACAUUAUCUCUAUUCUCGACAUCAUGAAGCCCAAAUCACUAGACGAUUUCACUGAAGUAUACCUUAUUCAAGAACUGAUGGAAACAGACAUGCACCGUGUUAUUCGUACUCAAGACCUUUCAGAUGACCAUUGCCAGUAUUUUACCUAUCAAACAUUACGUGCCUUAAAAGCCAUGCAUUCUGCUAAUGUACUUCACCGUGACUUGAAGCCUUCAAAUUUAUUGCUGAACGCCAAUUGCGACCUUAAGAUUUGUGAUUUAGGGUUAGCCAGAUCUGCCAAUUCUGCAGAUGAAAACAGCGGAUUUAUGACAGAAUACGUUGCUACACGCUGGUAUCGUGCACCUGAAAUCAUGUUGACAUUUAAAGAAUACACAAAAGCCAUUGAUGUUUGGUCUGUGGGCUGUAUUUUGGCUGAAAUGUUGAGCGGAAAGCCUCUUUUCCCUGGUAGAGACUAUCACCACCAAUUGACUUUGAUUCUUGAUGUACUUGGUACACCUACCAUGGAUGACUUUUAUGGUAUCAAGUCAAGAAGAGCUCGAGAUUAUAUUCGUAGUUUGCCUUUCAAAAAGAGAAUUCCCUUUUCUCGUUUGUUUCCUAAUGCUAAUCCCAUGGCUAUCGACUUGCUUGAAAAACUGUUGACAUUCAAUCCUGCAAAGCGUAUUAAUGUAGAAGAAGCAUUAAAGCACCCAUAUCUUGAACCAUACCAUGACCCUGAUGAUGAACCUGAUGCUCCACCUAUUCCUGAAAGUUUCUUUGACUUUGAUAGAUAUAAAGAUCAGCUCACCAAGGAACAACUAAAGCAAAUGCUAUACGAGGAAAUUACUCAUUAA